AUGGCACCUCUCUCAUCCCACAUCCUCGAUACCGACGACAAGUCCCAAGUAAAACACUUGGUCUCUUCCGCGUCGACCGUGCUCAACCAGCCCCCGCCGCCAACUCUCCGAGAAAUACUCGGGGCCUACAAUUCUCGCGGUGAUGGCGACCGCGACAUGCUUCUGGCGAUGCUCAACGCAAAGACCGCCGAAGACCAGCGGCUAGCUUCUGUUGCCUCCCUCCACCGGACCAUGCUCGAAGUUUGCUCGACCGCUGCCUCCGAACAGCUUCCCCCUCCUCACAACUUUUACCCUACCCCAAAUUUCACGAAUUCCCCCCCUCUCCAUGACGAGAAACCAUACUUGUCACCUUCACAACGAAGCCGCUCGCCCUAUCCCCCGUCCCGGCAUUCUAUUCGUGACCUGCCUAAUCACAACUCGCAUUCGUCUCCCCGGAAACGCCAUCGACUGUCAUCACCCAGCCCACCUCCCAACCACCAUACGCACCCUUCGCCUUAUGAUCCGCAGCUACUAUCUCAACCAUCCCAUCAUCCGCAACCCCAGGACCGCCUGCCGCCAUCACCCUACUCCUCCUCUCGCAGCGACUCUGCAGAGUACUCCCCCCGCUCACGUGCCUCUAUGGCCAUCGGCUCCUUAUUAUCUUCUAGUGGGCCUCGCGGGGAACACGCCGGCGACGAUCCCUCGGUAAAUGGACACUCUUCAAAUUCCGAGAUGAGCCAUCAAAACCAAGCGAUUCCGGCAGCCAUCUCUGUAUAG